GUGGUGGCCAUCAACGUGAAGACCGGGCGCGUGGUGAAGGUGAUCGACCUGUCCUCCCUGGUGACGCCCAACAGCCGUCUGCAGUACCUGGUGGUGGACUACGCGCCCGACGGCCGCGCAUACGUCUACAUCAGCGACGCCGCCAGCCGCGCCAUCCUCGUCUACGACAUCACCCUCAGCAAGGGCUACCGCGUGGUGCUCCCUCAGGCCGUGACGAGCGGCUGCGCGCGGCGCGACGUGCUGUACCUGGCGCUGAUCCGCAAGAGCUGCGGCUCCACCGUGCUCUACUUCACCUACCUGUCGGGCAGCCGGCUUUUCUCCAUCCGCACGGAGCACCUGCGGCGCGGCUGCGCGCGCGGCACCGUCGUCGACGUGGGCCCCAAGCCGGCGCCGCUCGUGCUGCUCGGCACCGACAACGGCGCCGCCAUCUUCUUCCGCAAGAAGGGCGAGAGCGACAUCUACAUGUGGAACACGCAGACCUGCUUCAAGCCGCAGAACUUCCUGCUGGUGCAGAACGGCGGCGAGUGCCGGCUGGCCACGCACGUCGUGCCGGGCUACAAGCGGCUCAUGUGGGUGCUCGAGUCCAACUUCCACGACUACAUCCAGGGGUGCGUGGGGUGCGUGGGCGCCAGCGUGUCGCUCAAGCCCUUGGUCAAGUCGUGCGACGAUUAA